AUGGCGUCACCGAACUUGUCAAUCGACUGCCAUGAUGGCAACAUUUAUAUAAUUACAAUGAAGAAGGCACCCGAGAACAGAAUAAACGUCAAGUUUGCUCAAGAGUUGAUUCAAGCAUUGAGAUCGAUUGAGCAAGCACUAGGCAAGGACGCCGAGGGCGCAGUCAUUAUCAAAGGGAACGACGAGAAAUUUUGGUGCACCGGCCUCGAACUUGAUGAAUCGGAUACAAAUCCACAUGCAAACAGCGAUGGCUUUUUUCCACUUCUUGCAACACUUCUUGAUUAUCCAUUCCCAACCAUUGCUUUAAUCACAGGUCACACCUUUGGAGGAGCUUGUCCGUUUGCUCUUUCACAUGAUUACAGGAUUAUGAAUUCAAAAAGAGGGUUUUGGAGUAUGCCACCUGUAAACCUUGGGCUUCACUUUGAUGGCAUCGGAACACUCCCACGACUCAAGCUACAACCUCAAGUUGCGCGAAAGAUGCUCUUGGAAGCCCAUCGAUGGACGGGUAAAGAAGCGCUUGUAGAUGGCAUUGUUGACGAAGUUGCAGAUCCUGAGGUCAUGCUGGAUAGAGCACUAGAGCUUGCUAGAAAGGUGCGCUCGAAGUCGAAAAUGGGCGUAUACGCAUUAUUAAGAAACGAGUUGUGGGGCGAGGCUGCGGCUAAACUUAGAGCGAUUAGCUACGUGCAUGGCAGGAUGACUUCAUCUCCUGCCAAGGCAAAGAUAUGA